AUGCCUCCGGAGCAGCGCGGGGGCCGCCUCCGCGCCCUCGGCUUCCUCUGGCUGUGCGCGCUGGUGGAAGCAAAGACCAGAACCUACUACCUUGGGAUUGUGGAAGAGAACUGGGACUAUGCACCAUCUGGGAAAAAUCUGAUCACAGGGCAAAGCCUCCUAGAGGACAAGUUUGCAAGCGUGUAUGCGACAAGAGGAGCCAACCGGAUAGGACGUGUGUACAAAAAGGCCAUUUUUAGGCAAUUCACAGAUGACACUUAUUCCCAGGAGAUCCCCAAAGCAGCAUGGCUGGGGUUCCUUGGCCCAGUCCUCAAGGCAGAAGAAGAGGAUGUCUUUAUCAUCCAUCUGAAAAACUUUGCUUCCCGCCCAUACUCUGUGCACCCACAUGGGGUCUUCUACGACAAGGACUCUGAAGGAGCACUUUACCCUGAUGGAACUGGCGGUAAAAGCAAAGAGGACGACUUUGUUGUUCCCGGUGGAAAUUACACGUACACAUGGCCAGUAAGGAAAGAUUAUUCCCCAACUUUGGCAGACUCAAACUGCUUGACUUGGAUUUACCAUUCUCACAUUGACACACCAAGAGAUAUUGCAUCUGGUUUAAUUGGGCCUCUGCUGGUGUGUAAAAAAGGAACUGCAGAUGAGACCACAAUAGAAGGGACUGGUGCUGCUAAUGCUUUUGCCCUGAUGUUUAGCAUUGUAGAUGAAAACUUCAGCUGGUACCUCGAUGAGAAUAUAAACACCUUCUGCUUAGAACCAGACACAGUUAACAAAGAGGAUGAAGGUUUCCAGACCAGCAACCGAAUGCAUGCAAUUAACGGUUAUAUAUAUGGCAAUCUCCCCGGCUUGGAGAUGUGUGCUGACACUUCCAUGUCCUGGCACUUGUUUGGCAUGGGGGCUGAGAUAGACAUCCACGCUGCUUAUUUCUACGGGCACACGUUCACCAGCCGAGACCAGAGGGCCGACGUGGUCGGUCUCUUCCCAGCGACGUUCAUCACGGCGGAGAUGACCCCGGGCAGCCCCGGGAGGUGGCUGAUAACCUGCCAGGUCAAUGAGCACCUACGAGGUGGCAUGGAGGCGCUAUACGAUGUUCAGAUCUGCCAGAAAAACCUGUCUCACUCUUCCCCAAUCAGUCAUAAGAGAAGAUACUACAUUGCUGCUGAAGAAGUGCUCUGGAAUUACGGGCCUGACGGUUAUGAUAAAUUCACUGGGCAGGGUUUGAACGCCACUGGCAGUGAAUCUGCAACAUAUUUUACACAAGGGACUGACAGAAUAGGAGGGCAGUACUGGAAAGUUCACUAUGUGGGAUAUACUGAUGCAACGUUCAGUAAGAAGACGUGGUCAGAGGACAUGAAGCACCUGGGAAUACUUGGCCCUGUUAUAAAAGCUGAGGUGGGAGAUACAGUACUGGUUACUUUUGCCAACAAAGCCAGAAGAAGCUACAGCAUUAUGGCCCAUGGUGUAAGCUUCAGCAAGCUGUCAGAAGGUGCUCCCUACUUAGAUGGCUACCUGAAGCCAGGAGCCCACGUCAAGCCAGGUGAAACCUUCACGUACAAAUGGAGGGUGCCUGAAAAUGGAGGUCCAACAGAGAGUGACCCCCCGUGCCUGACCUACCUGUACUACUCAGCCACUGAUGCUGUCAAGGACACCAACUCUGGCCUGGUGGGACCUUUGCUGGUCUGUCGGAAGAACACCCUGAAUCACGACGGGACACAGAAAGGAAUAGACAGAGAAUUUUACCUUCUCUUUUCAAUCUUUGAUGAGAAUGACAGCUGGUAUCUGAACAAGAAUAUUGAAGCCUUUACUGGAGAUCCAACAAAAGUGGAUGAAAAUGAUGCUGAUUUCAUGGAAUCCAACAAAAUGCAUGCUGUCAAUGGCUACUUGUAUGGCAAUCUGCCAGGCCUGACCAUGUGCAAGAAUGACAAGGUCUCCUGGCACCUCAUUGGGCUGGGCAGUCACUACGACAUGCACGGGGUUCAUUUCCAAGGAAACACCAUUGACCUGAGAGGGACAACAAGGGAUGGGCUGGCCUUGUUCCCUCAUUUAUCAGGGACAGCACUAAUGCAGCCAGACCGUGUGGGCACGUUCAAAGUGGUUUGCAGGACUUUUGAUCACUUUGUUGGUGGGAUGAAGCAUCUCUACGAGGUGAGCAGCUGCCGCAGCCCCAGCAGAGCCCAGCAGCAGCGUGGAGCCAUGAGGGUCUAUUACAUUGCUGCAGAGGAGGUGGAGUGGGACUAUGCCUCAAAUAAGAGCUCAGCACCAAAGGUUUACAACAUCAGCAGCUAUGAGGAAAGCUAUGGACAUGUUUUUCUGGGCCAAGCAGAGGACCUGAUUGGUUCAAAAUACAAGAAGGUGGUUUACAGGGAGUACACAAGUGGCAACUUCACACAGCGCAAAGUGAGGACAGAAGAGGAGGAACACUUGGAAAUCCUGGGGCCACUACUCCAUGCCGAGGUCGGUGACUCCGUACUGAUCGUAUUUAAGAACAAAGCCAGCAGGCCUUACUCAGUAAGUGCACAUGGUAUAGAAGAGGUUGGUUGUGAAGAACAGCCUGAGACACCAAUUACGCUCCCUGGGGAAAUAAACACCUACAGGUGGAACGUCCCGGAACGAUCCGGUCCUGGCAAAACAGAUCCAAAUUGUAUCACUUGGGUUUAUUAUUCAACAGCAAAUUUUGUUAAGGACACGUACAGUGGUCUGAUUGGGCCUCUUGUAGUUUGCAGAAAAGGAACUUUAGAUGAAAGAGGUCUGAGGAAAGACAUCGAUCGUGAAUUUACUCUUCUGUUUAUGGUGUUCGAUGAAAAUGAAUCCUGGUAUUUGAAAGAAAAUAUUGAAACAUACCUUCAUAAGAAUCCUGAUGAUUUUAAUUCCACUGAGAACUUUGAAGAUGGCAACAGCAAGCAUGCAAUCAAUGGGAAGAUUUACAACAGUCUCUUGGGUCUAACGAUGAAUGAAGGUGAUAGGACAAACUGGUAUUUGAUAGGAAUGGGCAAUGAAGUGGAUAUCCACACAGUUCACUUCCAUGCACAGACCUUCAUCUUCAAGACAGAUAAGGACCACAGAGGAGAUGUGUAUGACCUUUUCCCUGGGACUUUCCAGACAGUUGAACUCGUAGCAGAAAACCCUGGGACGUGGCUUCUGCACUGCCACGUGGCCGAUCACAUCCAUGCUGGCAUGGAGACAACCUACACCAUCAAUAAAUCAGAAGGGCGACGAGAGUGGGAAGUUCCUUCAGAAGGAGGACACACAACUGGAACAUACAAUAAAACUACUGCAACAAAUGAAACCACUGCAAAGGAUUAUGACAACAAAGUGGGCAAAUUUUUCGGCAAAACUUUGAGUCCUGGAGAAGCCAGCCUGAUAUUAGCAGCUUUUUUUUGCAUUGGACUUGUUCUACUGUCAACAGCAUUAAUCUUCUUCUGCUUCGUCACCCGCCAAGGAAAUAGAAUCCAUUACACAGCUCUGGAUGAUAAAAGUGCACUUCUGGCAGAUUCCCUGUAAAUUCCCACUUUUAAUAUCAUUCACAGGCACUCACUGGAUUUCACAACAUAGAACCAUAAAACCUUUAAGUUUGGAGAACACCUCUAAGAUCACUGAGUCCAACCAUAAACCUAACACUGCCAGGCAACAUGCUGCUAAUAAAACUGGAGCAGGGCAUAUGCUGACAGUCCCACCCCAUGGCCAGUGCUCACAAGAGGGAACAUGAGCUGUAGAGCUCAGCUCCAAGAGCCAGGUACCACCCAUCACCAUUUCCACUCCUCUGGGUUCAGAUGAGCUCUGUCCAAGAUCCAAUCUGGCAGCCAAGCAGAGCAGCAUCCACUGGGUUUUCACAGGAGUGAGGAGCAGGCAGAAUGGCAUCCAUGUGCUCUGUGAAGAAACUCUGGGUU